UUUCCCUUUCUCGGCGGCAACAAAACCAAUCAUCAUUAAUGUGACCAAAACUCUGCUUGGUGCUUAUGGUGCGGUGGAAGUUCUUGUCCGCUUAAUUCCAUUAUAGUGGAACACAACGCGAGAGAUGAGGCUGAAUGACACUACCAAGCUUCGCGGAAACAACUACUUUUCGGGCAGUGUUCAUAUUUUUCUCUUCCAUUUUGCUCUCCUGAAACCAACUAGGUUGGGUGGUUUACUGUUCAUCUUCUUGUUUUGAUGCUUGAGGAUGUGGAAUUGAGCUGGAUUUUUCUAUCUUGUGGCUGAGACGAACCCUCUUCUCCACGCGACCCCACUUGUGUAUUUUCAGUAGCUGGCAAGAGAUCAAGAAACGAUUAUCACUUUGUUUUUCCCGUUCUUGUUAUGGGUCAAACUUGGUUUUCCUGCUCUUUUGAUCAAGGUUCUUGGUUAUUAAUUUGAAAUCAGUACAUACCUGGUGCUCAAACUGCUUCGGCCUUCUCUGUUGAACUCACAAGUAUCUUCGGUUCUGGUUUUGCUGACAUGUUUUGUUGUUCAAUUCGAUCAGCGGUUGUACUGAGCAUGGAUUUCCAAUGAAGCAAAGCUGAAAGUCUCGCUCCUAAUUUUGCCUUCAGAAGGACAGAGGAAGACGGGCAUAACACUAGGUAGCGGAUUAAGUCUGAUACAAUCAUACAAAUGGCUUCAGGAUUAAAUGCCAAUGAAGACAGUGAAACCAAAGGUAGCAUGUGGGUAUUGGAUCAGAAACUCGACCAACCUAUGGAUGAAGAGGCAGGAAGGCUCAGAAAUAUGUACAGAGAAAAAAAAUUUUCUGCGCUGUUGCUUCUGCGGCUUGCAUAUCAGAGUCUUGGUGUGGUUUAUGGAGAUUUGGGAACUUCACCUUUGUAUGUUUUCUACAAUACCUUUCCCCAUGGAGUGGAAGAUCAGGAGGAUGUGAUUGGAGCUCUUUCUUUGAUUAUAUACUCUCUUACUCUGGUACCACUCGUCAAAUAUGUUUUCAUUGUAUUAAGAGCAAAUGACAAUGGCCAAGCAGGUGGAACAUUUGCACUUUAUUCAUUGCUUUGCAGACAUGCAAAGAUAAAAACAAUUCCUAAUCAACAUCGUACUGAUGAGGAGCUAACGACUUAUAGUCGGUCUACCAUCCAUGAAAGGUCAUUUGCUGCAAAAACACAGAGAUGGUUAGAAGAAAAGGCUUUCAGGAAAAAUGCUAUUCUUAUUCUUGUCCUUGUUGGCACCUGCAUGGUUAUUGGAGAUGGAAUUCUUACUCCAGCUAUAUCUGUUUUAUCAGCUGCUGGUGGCAUUAAGGUAAAUCACCCUGACAUCCGUAGCGGUGUAGUUGUGGUGGUUGCUGUUGUAAUCCUGGUUGGGUUAUUUAGCAUGCAACAUUAUGGUACAGAUAGAGUUAGUUGGCUCUUUGCUCCAAUUGUCCUUCUUUGGUUUCUCCUGAUUGGAAGCAUAGGCAUUUUCAACAUCUGGAAACAUGACAGCAGUGUUCUAAAGGCUUUUUAUCCUGUUUAUAUCUAUCGGUACUUUAGAAGAGGUGGAACAGAUGGUUGGACUUCCCUAGGGGGUAUAUUGUUGAGCAUAACAGGGACAGAGGCUCUAUUUGCUGACCUAUCUCAUUUUCCAGUUACAGCUGUACAGCUAGCAUUUACUCUACUUGUGUUUCCUUGCCUUCUUUUAGCCUAUUCCGGACAAGCUGCUUACCUUAUGAAUCACUUGGAUCAUUCCCCGGAUGCUUUCUAUAAAUCUAUCCCAGAAAGAAUAUAUUGGCCAGUAUUUAUUGUUGCAACAGCAGCAGCUAUAGUUGCCAGCCAAGCCACAAUAUCUGCAACUUAUUCAAUUAUUAAGCAAGCCUGUGCACAUGGUUGUUUCCCAAGAGUGAAAGUUAUACAUACAUCAAAGAAAUUCCUUGGCCAGAUAUAUGUUCCUGAUAUUAAUUGGAUCCUUAUGAUUCUCUGCAUCGCUGUUACAGCUGGGUUUGAAAAUCAAAUCCAGAUUGGAAAUGCAUAUGGUACUGCAGUUGUGCUAGUGAUGCUGGUUACAACACUUCUUAUGAUGUUAAUCAUGAUUUUGGUGUGGCGCUGCCAUUGGAUUCUUGUUGUCAUCUUCACUAUCUUAUCGUUGAUCGUGGAAUGCACUUACUUCUCUGCUGUACUUUUCAAAGUGAACCAAGGUGGGUGGGCUCCCCUUGUAAUUGCUGGAGCAUUUCUUUUAGUUAUGUAUGUUUGGCACUAUGGCACAGUCAAGAGGUACGAGUUUGAAGUGCAUAGUAGAGUAUCUAUGGCAUGGAUUCUUGGGCUUGGGCCAGGUUUAGGACUUGUUCGUGUCCCGGGGAUUGGACUAGUCUACACAGAGCUUGCACGUGGAGUACCUCACAUCUUUUCUCACUUCAUCACCAACCUACCGGCCAUCCAUUCUGUAGUUGUAUUUGUAUGUGUGAAAUACCUCCCUGUGUAUACUGUCCCUGAAGAAGAGCGAUUCCUAGUCAAGCGGAUAGGACCGGUGAAUUUCCACAUGUUUCGAUGCGUAGCACGAUAUGGUUACAAAGACCUGCAUAAAAAGGAUGACAAUUUUGAGAAAAAACUGUUUGAUAAUCUUUUCAUGUUUGUUCGGCUGGAGUCUAUGAUGGAAGGAUUUUCAGACUCAGAUGAGGAAUACAGUUCAUGUGGGCAACAGCAGCAGCAGCAGCAGACAAGGCAAACAACAGAUAAUGGUCUGGUGAAUAACAACAGCAACAACAACACAGCUUCAUCUGAUAUGGAUCCAACAAUGUCAUCAGUGGAUUUAAUCGUGCCGGCUAGAUCUCCAUCGCGUGUGACUAACACAGUCAGGUCCUUUGGUCAACAAAGCAGCCAGACUGACGGUGACGAACUCGAGUUCCUGAACAAUUGCAGGGAUGCUGGAGUGGUUCACAUACUAGGGAACACUGUUGUGAGAGCAAGCAGGGAUUCAAGAUUCUACAAGAAAAUUGCUGUGGAUUACAUAUAUGCAUUCCUCAGGAAGGUUUGCAGGGAGAACAGUGUGAUCUUCAAUGUGCCCCAUGAGAGUCUUCUAAAUGUUGGUCAGGUUUUCUAUGUAUAGAUUUAAUUAGAGUCCUUAGUCCGUAUUACAUAAUGUUGGGUCAGGCUUUUCUAUGUAAUUUGUAUGGUCUGCCUCUUGCCAAGAUAAUAAGAUGUGCAUCUUGUGCACAGUUGGGCCUUGUAUGUGUAGUAUGAAUAAAACCUUUGGGAGAAUGACGAUUGAAGACCUUUUUAGGAAAUUAGUGUAAGAUAAAGACCUUUGGGUUGUAAAUUUCUGAAGUUCUAGUUGUAAAUUUCUGAAAUUUCAAUUGUAAGAAGUCCUUGAUAUUUUUUAAA